GUGCCAUGGUACAAACAAUUCCGAAGUCAAAAUAGUGGUAGGCUUAAGGCUGAGGCCUAGGGCUAGCUUAGAACAUUCCAUGAGUAAGUAAAUAUUAACGUGGAGAAUUGUAAACAUAGGUGUUUUAUCAAGUUUAACACAAAACCCAUAUUUAAUUCGAGCCAGUUCAAAUUAUUAGGAUGAAGCUGUACAUCAGAAAAUAUCUAAAGCAAAUUUGAAGUAUCGAAAAAGAAAAAAGUAUGGGAACAGGAAGCUCAUUUGUAAGGGGUGAUGCCGGUGAGGGUGGGGUUGUAACAAGAAUACCGAAUGAGGUUAAACCCCGCAGAACCCUUCUACCAUCUCGCGGCUCACUGACACUUGGACGAAAAGGGAAGGGUGCGAGUAUGAGAUCAGCAUUAUCCGUUGAGUUAGAGAACACUGAGCUUGAUCGUUUACGGAGGGAUUUUGAAACUUACAAGUAUAGCAAGCAAACAGAAGUUGCUGACCUAGCCAAAAAGGAGAAGAAAUUUGAAAGUGAAAAUCGACGCUUACGUGCAGAGUUACAAGCACUUCAGAAAACAUGCAAUAAAUUAAGAGUCGAGAGGGACUUAGCGUGUGACUCGGAGUAUCAAGCUAUGGUCAGGGCUAAUAUAUUUGAACAAGACAGGGAUAAAGUUCAGCAUAAUUUCAAGAUUUUUAGAGAAACCAAGGAGAGCGAAAUUCGUGACUUGUUGAAAUCUCGUCGUGACCUUGAGGUAACCCUACAGAAUGCAAAUGUUCCACAUAUUAGUGUUAAAACACCAUCUGCUCAAUCAACUACAGAUACCAAUGGCGAUACUAGUAAUGUAGGUGAUUGGUGGACAGCUUUGGAGAGUGAGCCCUCUCUUGGUAGUACAACACAGUUACAGUCUCUACAUUUACGGGGACCAGAAUUUGCCUAUAAUCGUGGUGACAAUGAAAGUCCUGUCAUUAAUAUUAAUAAUGGUGACUGGCAGGGAAUUUCUCACAGCAUGCUAACACCAUUCUAUCAAGAAGUUGAGUCUCGCGUGAUAACUGUUUAUUUAAGUGCUCCUAGUAAUAUGCAAGCUGAGGUCGAUAUUUUUAAAAUGGAAUAUGAAUCGGAGCUUGAACAUCUUUGUGAGAUGGAAGGACGCUUCUUUCUUCUUGUCCAUUUUACUGUAGAUAACCCAAAAGAAUUGACCGAUGAUGACCUGUUAAAGCAACAUGAUAUAAGACAAAGGCAACUCCAACAGGCUACAAUGUUUCUAGCCUUUUUAGGUGGCCACACUGACAGGUUUACAGCAGAUGAGUACAGUAUAGCCCACCUGAUGAAUCCUGGAGCUAGGCCAGCAGUAUUCUGUUUCAGAAACCCAGCCUACAGAAAUUGCAAAGGUCAUGACAGCGAAGCUAGUAAAUUGAAGGAACUUGUACAUGAGCGGGGGCGCUGUAAAAUUAUUGGUAACUAUGAUGACCCAAAUCAGGGUGCUAAAGAAGCCUAUAGGGAACUAACAAGGCUUCUACGACUAGAACUAGGCUUGCCAAUGGAUGAAAAGAAUGGUGGGAUGUUGGAACAUGAAUUGCAGAACUCUGUCUCGGAUGACAUGUGUAUAACCUGGGAUGCGUACAACAAUGCUGACCAACUUGAGGUCUUUGAGCUUGCUUUGGUGUCAACUUGUGAAUUGGGCUUUGAAAAGCAUUAUGAAAGAUUAAAUGAUCAUGUAAUAGCUGCUGGUCCAUUGCCGCCGUAUUUAGUUUGUGGUCCGUCUGGCUCAGGGAAGUCUCUCCUCCUGGCUAAGUGGAUUUCUCUACAGCAGAAGCAUGCAAGGUCCAGCCUCAUCUUGUACCACUUUGUAGGCUCAAUGAAGUCGUGUAGUGCUGAUGCUGUGAAUAUGAUUAGGAGGAUGACAGCUCAGCUCUUACAGUAUGUAAGUUCACCCCCUCCAUUAACCUCUGACCCAGCAAGACUUCUUGAGGAGUUUCCAAGGUGGCUUGAACGAGUUUCAACCAAGUUUCCUGGUGGAAUCAUUUUAGUAAUAGAUUCUAUGGAGCAAUUGCAAGAUGCCGAGUCCAACAUGCAGUGGCUACUGGAUCCUCUCCCUGUGGAUGUUCGUGUGAUUGUCUCGGUCAGUGCUGAUGCCCGCCCACAAGCAUGGAGAUCGUGGCCAACUCUUCACCUUGAACCUUUAACACCAAAGCAUGUCAAAGAACUUGUCCGUGCCGAGUGCAAUAUUAAGAAUUUCAGUUUGUCUAGCGAGCAACAAUCGCGCCUACUUUCUCAUUGCCGGAUGCCUAGCACUCGGUUACCACUGUAUAUUAUGGUACUCAUUGAUGAGCUUAUCCACUUUAAUCAGACCAUCAUUGACUUGGACCAGAAACUUGAGGUUUGUCUUAAGUACGCAGACACCAUUGAACUCUAUAGACAUGUACUUGAGACUCUGGAAAUUGAACAUGAAGGUGUAGCUAAUAGAGGUCUUCUCAAGCGAAUAAUGCAAAUUAUAUGCUGUUCCCGCAACGGUAUUGCAGAGUCAGAAUUAUUUCAUCUGGUUCCAGAACUAACAUGGUUGUUUUGGGCGUCACUGAUGUACGACCUCAUCAAUAGGCACGUCCUCAAUUAUCGUGCAGGAUUGAUAUUCUUUGCACAUGAACAGGUAAAUGAAGCAGUUCAGAUCCGUUAUUGUAUGGGAGUCCACGAGAAAGAACUCGCUUCUGCAAAUCAACUCCUUAUUGAUCACUUCUCAAAUUCAUUAAGACCAGGUUAUGUUACUGCACGUGUUGCAGAUGAACUGCCGUGGCUGAUUCAACAGACAGGUGAUAUGGAGAAACUCAAAAUGUGCAUCAGUGAUCUUUUUGUUUUUCAACUUUUGUACUCCAGAGGGUGCUGUGGUGAGCUGAUCACGUACUGGCAGAAUGUAGGCUGUGAUAAAAAUGCAAUGGCAAUGGAAUAUUUCAAUGCAAUCAAGAAAGCAGAGGAGAAUCUUGGUGGAGUUUUCACAUUACCUCGUAUUGCUGAUAUGUAUGAAUUGCUUGGAAGAUUUUUAAAAGAUUUAGGACUUCUCAAUCAGGCUGUGAUUUCACUUAACAGAGCUCUUGAAGUAAGGGAGUCUAUUGAUCCUGACCACCCCAGUGUUGCCCAAUGUUUUUAUCUUCUUGGUGGACUACAUGGGCAGUGGGGCAAGUUUGCAACAGCUGAAGCAUACUUUAAACAAGCUCUGGAUAUCAAUGGGAGCGCAUUCAGUAAUGAGCAUGAAUCCGUGGUGAAGGUCUUAGAGUCAUUGGCUUUUCUGUACCGCAAGCAAAACAAGCAUGAUCAGGCAGAGCCAUUACAAAAGCGUGUCGCAGCUCUAAAAAAGAAGCUCCAGCCCUUCAAUGUUAACUCACAUGGUAAUAUUAACAUGCUGCAGAAACGUGCACUACAGCUAGAAGAACUAGCCACUGGACCAGAUACACCUGAGCUUGCAAAGACAUUGAAUGAAUUGGGUGUCCUCUAUUACCUGCAAAACAAACACAGCACAUCUGAAGCAUAUUUUAAACGUUCCUUGGCCAUGCGUGAAGCAACACAAGGCUCAGAUCAUCCAGAUAUUGCGCAGUCCCUCAACAACCUAGCAUCAUUGUAUAAUGAUCGUAAACAAUUUGAUAUGGCUGAACCAUUAUAUGAGAGAGCACUGAAGAUCCGUCAGAAGACACUGCCAGAGGAGCAUCCGGCAGUAGCAGCAACCAUUAAAAACCUUGCCACUUUGUAUAGGAAACAGGGUAAGUUUGACCUUGCAAGGCCAUUGUAUGAACAAGCUGUUGAGAUUCGUGAGAAGACCUUUGGUGAGAAGCAUCCAAGUGUUGGUACAGCCUUGGUCAAUCUCGCGGUCCUACACUGUCAACAGGCUAAACACGGCGAUGCAUUACCAUUAUAUGAACGCGCUUUAAAGAUCUAUGAGGAUGUCUUUGGGCAGCAUCAUCCACAGGUUGCGGAGACACUACGCAAUUUGGCUGUGCUACGCUAUGAGCAAGGAGAGUAUCAGAAUGCGGCUCAACUUUACAAGCGUGCUACAGAAAUCAAAGAAUUGGACGCCAUGUCUUUCACAAGUAAAUCCAUUAGUGGAUCUUCAGUAGCUAGGAACUCCGUUCUAGGUCACAGCACAUUUUUCCCAGAUCCCAGGUGAUUGAUACAAGGUGUGAGGUAAUUAAUGGCGGGUGUAUCAUGUGAUUGAUAACAGGUGUAUAAUGUUGAUCCAGGUGUAUGGUAAUUCCCAGUUGUUGCAAUACAGUAGAACCCCUAUUAAGGGGACACAUUUGGGAUCAAAAAAAUUGUCCCCCAAUUUGGGGUACCCAUAUUCGGGGGACACUAACCAAAAACGUGAAAUGGUCCCCUUAAUAGGGGUUUUUGGCAUUUUUUCUUACAAUGAUGACAUAGGCCUAGUUUCUUUAUAAUUUUAUUUUAAUUGACCUAAGAAUGAGUUACAGUUGAAUUAUAACUAAUUUUUAACAAUAAUUUGCAAUGCAAAAAGCAAAUCAUUUAUGAUGGGAAUUCAACUGAUAUGUAAUUAAAACUACAAAAGCUGUAUAGUCCUAUGUUCAUAAUAUUAUUUAUUUCUUGAUCCGAGUGUUAUAUUAAUGGUGAAGUAUUCUUUUCUCAAAUAUUGAGCUAACAAAGUCAGGGUGUAGCUGCUCGGUAUACAUCAGCCUACAGUAUCAGUAUGUGAAAAUACACAAAACAAGAAAUUCCCAUGGUUAAAAGAUUGUAUUUAUAUGAACUAACGCUAAAGAUUAUGAGGGAAUAAUUAUGGUUUGAUGUUAAUUUUAUUGCUCAAAAAGUUCAAAUUUAAAUUUGAAAGAUUUUUUUUCUUAUUUUGAGACAAUAAAAAAAAGUGUCUCCUUAAUAGGGGUUAAAAUGUAUUGAUUUGACCAUUUUGCACUCAGAAAGUGUCCCUAUCCUCUUAAUAGGAGUGUCCCCUUAAUAGGGGUUGGCUGUAGUGUUAAAAGAUAUACUGUAUUGCCACUUAUUUCACGGAUAAGUGUUUUUAUUAUAUAAUUUAUUCUGUUACCUAGGCUUUGCAACUCAACUCAAUUGAUCUUUGGCAAAUUUCAAGCAAAUGUCACAUCAAUUGUUAUUAACAUGAACAAAGAAGACAAUAAUUUAAGCCACAUGAUUCAUGACUUUUGACUUAAUGUGGUCUUACACAAUUUGGCCAACAAAUAGGUCAACAUUGUAAUGUACCAGAUAAAAUAUAUAUUUUAUGCUUUGUAAAUUUUUUUAUAGAAGAAUUUUAGAUAGUGUAGUCUCCUGUAAAUUGUCAGCUUAUGUAUUUACUGUACACUGAAUAUGCAAUGUAGCUUAUAUUUAUACAAAUAUAAAUUCGAGAAUAAAUUAUAUAUUUUGAUAUUUGCA